AUGAAGACAAACCUAAUGCAUUUGAUCCCCCCAGUAAGUAGGGACAGAGUACUCUCCUGAUUUCCCAAGGACUUUUGCAAAGUAGGCAUCACACAAUUUAUCCCAACAGCUGUUCUCUCUUGUUUUCAAUGGUACGCACCUGAGGCCUCUUGGCAGUUUGAGCACUUCGAUGCAGAGGUCAGGACUGCUUGUAUCAGAGCACUGGACUACAAGGCUACAAGUGAAGUGGAUUUUGAAAUUGAAUGUUUUGAAAUAAUUGGAAUAUCAUCUGCUGUCCAGAUAUGGGACACAGCAGGCCAGGAGAAGUUCAAGUGCAUUGCAUCUGUUUACUACUGAGGAGCAGUGGUUAUAAUAACAGUGUUUGAUCUGGUUGGUAUCCAGACUUUGGAUCACAUCAAAUAAUGGCUAGAAGAUGCACUGAGGGAAAAUGAGCCAGAUUCCAGCUUCAUCUUUCUAGUUGGAACAAAAAAAAAAAAAAAAAAAGAAAGAUUUGCCAAUAAGUAAAUUUAAUGAAGAUAAGGAAAUCAGGUUUCCUGUAGUUCCUCGAUUGAUUUCCCUUACAAUUUGUACACGGUGUUGUUGAGAUAAAGACCUUCAGGGAAAAAUAAACAGAAAGAAAGCUCACAGGUAACUAGAACAGCACUUGGAACUGAUUUAAGAAGAUGUUUUCUAAAAAUAACUCCUAAGUAGUUAGUGAAAUAUCCCUAUUUGAGUUCUUUGCAUAACAUUUUUCAAGCACAUACAAACAACUUAA